AUGAAUCGCUUGCCAACGCUUGAUCCUCAUGUCCUCACCAUCGCAGACCUCAAGGAGGCAGCAUGCCGUGAUAUGCCGGCAAUGUAUAGAGACUACUACAACGAAGGAGCCAUGGAUUUAAUCACGUAUGGUUCUCUCAAGACAUAA